AUGGCGCUCCCUCCUCCUCGCACAGGAAGUGGUACUGAUAUAAUAUUGUGGAAGCAUGGGGUUGAUGACUAUCAGGAUAGUUUCUCAGCAUCCAAAACAUGGGAGCAGCUGCGGGAAAGGAAACCUAAAGUGCCAUGGAGCAAAGUGGUAUGGUUCUCACAGGGAGUUCCAUGGUACUCCUUUAUCACUUGGUUAGCCAUUCAAAAUAGACUGUCAACAGGAGAGAGAAUGAGGCAAUGGGGUCUGGUGCAGGGCUGUGAGUUUUGCGGUGAGAGAGAUGAGACAAGAGACCAUCUCUUUUUCGCUUGCCCAUACUCUUACACUAUCUGGGAAGUUUAUGCAGGCAGACUAAGUACAAUCUACCAUGUGUGGAGAGAGAGGAAUGCAAGGCAGCACCAUCAGGCUAGGACAAGCACUGAUCAGCUACGACGAGUGAUAGAAAAAGCUGUUAGGAACAGGAUCGUCUCACUUCGGUACAAGCCAGAUCACAAAUAUGGUGGUCUUCUUCAACAUUGGUUUCAGAUUACCUCUUAG